AUGCAGAAAGAUGAAUCAUUUUCUUCGGUCCAUGAUAUAAAAAGUAAUGUGGCAGAUUCCUCUGAUCCAAAUAUUAUAGUUGAGAGGGAUGAAAAUGCGGGUACAUCUUUGCGCACUCAGUUUUUAUCCGAAUUGGGAAGUCAACGUGGGGAAGAGCAGGAAACAGAUGUAGGGGCAAUGCAGGAAGUUGGCAGUCCCACUGGACAUCAAAUUGACAGAGGCACGGUGACAAAUCUUGAAGGAGAUGGUGAUUUGUCUGCUGACGAUCUCAGUCUGACGAGUGGAGACAGUAAGGCAGCUGAUUCAGGGAACAUCCCGUCAGUUGAUUCUUCAUUAGCUGAUUCUGCUGCCAAAGUCGUCGAGGAAGCAUAUGAGGGGCAUCGGCACUCAAUUGAUGUUUGUCCUAUAAUAGAUUUGGAGACGGUGUCGACUACAAGUUCAGUUGCAGCAAACAAGCUGAUCAAAAGUAAGAUGCCCAGCUCAUCUAAUGAAGAGAAACCAGUAAUUCUCAACGAAUCAGAUGAUGUCCAUGCUAGUUCAACUGCUCAAGUCAAUUGUGCAAGCUUUGGUCUUAGUGACACAGAAAGACUGCGUCAGUUGAAGGUUGGUGAGACUGAAAAUUCCCUAGGAAGUAAACAAUUGGAUUUGUCAACAGUGCUAGAUGGGAGCGUGGUCAAACUUUCCGAGCUUUCAGGGAUUUUGCGGAAACUUGAUGAAGAUGAAUUCAGGUUUCUGUUAAUGUCAGGAGAGCUGCCACUAGAGAAAGCUGGAGAUGCGGACAAGACAAAGGUCCAUGAGUCUGUUGGCUGUAAUGAGUAUGACAGGCUCAAGGAACAACUAUAUGUCACAUGUUUUUUGAAAGAUGCCUUUCAUUUACAGCUAUUUGAACAGCAAAUGUUGAUUAAUGAAAUAUCUGCAGCCACUUCAUCACUUGCUGAAGUCCGUGCAGAAAAUGAUAUAUUUGCUAAAGAAAUUUCGCAGUGUAAGCAUGAGCUCCAGGAGGUUGUUUCAGAAAGGGAAAAACUUCUGAAGCAACUUCUCUCUUCGAAAGCUGAGGUUGAAAGAUUUUCUGCUAAGAUCAAUGAGUUACAGAAACAAUUGGAAGUUGCACAGGAUGGACUGUCAACCCUAUCUACGGAGCUAGUUGACUGCAGAAUUCUGGCCGAAGUCAUGCAGGUGGAAAAUGAAAACUUAAAAAGGAGUCUACAGGUUAUGGCUGAAGAGAGAGCUAAAUUUUCUGAGAAGAAUGAAAUUAUUUUGCUUGAGAAUGAGGGUAUGAAACGAGAAUUAGCACAGUCAAAAGCUUCAUUGGAGUCUUUGCAGACUAUGCUAAUAGCUGACCGGCUACAACUAGAGGAGCAAAAUGAUUCUUUGGUUAGUGAAAACAGUAAGCUACUGGAAGAUCUGGCAAAAUAUGAGAGUAAGGUAAAAGCUCUUGAAGUUGAAAAUAGAAAUCUAGAUGAGAAUUUGACAGUUGUAUCGGAAGGGAGAAAAAAGCUUGAAGAGGACAAAGAACUCAUGGUCAAUCAGAUUGAAAGAAUGUCAAAAGAGUCAAUGGACUGCAAAGAUUUGAUUUUAGCUCUUGAAAUGGAGAUCUCCAACUUAAACGGGAAGCUGAUGUCUGUUAGGGAGGAAAGAAUGAGACUUGAAGAAGAGAACGAAAGUAUUUUUAGCGAGUAUGAAAAGCAGUAUCUUGAAUUGGUGGGGGUUAAAGUUUCAGAAGCAGUUCUCAAAGCAGAUCACAAUAUUCUAAAAGAAGUUGUAUCUCGUGUUGGUCAACUUACUGAAGAAAAUGGAACAUUAGGUGCUAAUUUAGAGUCUCACAAGCUGAAACUUAAAGAACUUGAGCGGAAAGACUACUCAUCUGAUUCUGAUGAAACUGCAAAUCGUUGUGUUCAGAAUGGCAUUUACACAUUGCGGCCAAAAUUUUGGCAGUCUGAAGAUCAGCUAAAAUCGGAUACUUAUGAUGGUUCUGCCGGAUUUAUGGCGCUAAAAAGGAAGUUGGAAGAUGCCGAAAAUGUAAUGCACAAACUUGAGAAGGAAAUAGAUUCCAUGCACUCCCAUUUGAAUUCCAUGAACAGGUCAAGUGAUACAGUUGUUGCACCAGGAGUGUCAAAAUUGAUACAAGCUUUUGAGUCAAAACAUCAGGCAGAUGAUGAAGACCCAGAAAGGUCUCCAUCAUUUGAAAUCCGGACAAGUGGAGACCAAUACACGGUGAUCAAUAUGAUUACAGAAAACCUCAGGAUGCUGCUCAAGGAAUUGACUGAUGAUGUUGAGAAUGCCAUCAAAUCAUGCACAGUAAUGCAGAAGGGACCACAUGCUACUGCUGGGGCUGAUAGUAGCGAGUAUAAUAUUCUACAAGAACACACUGAUCAAGUGGAGCGGGAAAAUAUAGAGUUCAUGGUUCUCCAGGAAGCUAUGAGGGAGCAUAUAUCUCAUGUUGUUACAAAAGAGCGUGAACUUUUGAGUUUAUGGGAUGUCAUGCUGAAACAAGAAAUGGAUAUGAAGUCAGAGAAUGGCCACCUUAGGGAGACGCUGAAUGAAUCCCAAGCCAAAGUUAGUGUGCUGCAGAGCCAGUUAGACGGAAUAUGUAGAGAUAUAGAUGAGAUGGUUGCUUCUAUUUCCAAACAGACUCAAAUUCUCCAAGCAGAAGUACUUCUAUCUGGUAGGGAACUUUUUGUAGAAGAAAAAUGGAAUUCUGUUUGUGCUCAGGUUCUUCAGACAGCUGCUGUUGUCGAUUCUACCAUCAAGGCUUUCUCAGCCAACUCAUCGGCUGGUGUAGGUAGCAACCUUGACAUUGCCGGCUUGGUUGCUACUUCUGUUCAUGGUGCCACCAAAGUGAUUGAAAGUUUGCAUGGACAACUUGAAGAUGCUCACAGGGAAUGCCAAGAAAUAUUGGAUAGAAAUGAUAUGGCUUUACGUACAUUGCAUACUCUGUACAGUGAGCUUAGUGGACUUGUGAGUGGUACUAUUCUGGAGAGCGCUGUGGUGGAGAAUCAAAUGAUGGAUCUUUUAAAUAUAGAUGCUUUCAGUACUGUCUUGGACGAAUUGAAACAACUUUCUGCGGAGAGAUUGCAGCUUCAGUCUGAUAAUACACUUCUCAAUUCGGAGUUGGCGAGUAGAGCGUUGGAGGCUGAUGAAUCGGAUAAAAAAUGGGUUAAAUAUAUGCUGAAGUUGGUUGAAGAGAUAGAGCAAUCUGUGAGGUUGGAGGGCGUAAUUAUAGAUGCAGAUGCUCCCAGUUCACGCUUGGAGUCUCUCAUCUACGUGCUUAUUCAGAAAUGUAAAGAAGCUGAUCACAACUUAAGCAUAUCCACAUCCCUGGAAAUGCAAUUGAGUGAGUUGCAGGGACAAGUAGAUCACUUGCACGUUGUUCUUGUGCAAUAUGAAAAUGAAAAUUUUAUUUUGAAGCAGAAUUUGAAGAGUGCUGAGGAGCGUGGGAUUGCUCUUAGUCGUAAAACACAAGAGAGAGUUGCUGAGCUUGAAAUGUCUGAGCAGCGAGCAUUGUCCCUGAGAGAGAAGCUAAGUAUAGCUGUCACCAAGGGAAAAGGUCUGAUUUCGCAGCGUGAUAGUCUCAAGCAAUCUUUAGCUGAGAUGUCCAAAGAACUGGAGAAAUCUUCACAGGAGUUACUGUCCAAAGAUGCCAGGCUUCAUGAACUUGAGACAAAACUUAAAGUCUACUCUGAGGCUGGUGAGCGCAUGGAAGCUCUGGAAUCAGAGCUGUCAUACAUUCGCAACUCAGCUACUGCAUUAAGGGAGUCAUUUCUUCUUAAAGAUUCCGUCCUCCAGAGAAUAGAGGAGAUUUUAGAAGAUCUAGAGAUGCCAGACCAAUUUCAUUCCGGAAAUAUAAUUGAGAAGAUUGAGUGGUUAGCGAAAUCAAUUGGAGGCAACCCCUCUUCGCCUCUUUGUAACAUGGACCGGAGAAGCUUGGUUCAAGGAGGUUCAUAUACCGAUGCUGGAAUUGUUGGUCCUGAUGGCUCGAAAGAAGACACGCAAACAAAUCCUUUCUCCAUCGAUGACUUGAGAAUAAGAUAUGAGGAGUUGCAGAACAAGUUUCAUGGGUUAGCCGAGCAAAACGAGAUGCUUGAACAGUCUUUGCUGCAAAGGAACAAUCUUGUGCAGCUGUGGGAAGAAACUCUGGACAAAAUAGAUUUUCCUUCUCUAGUGCGAUCAAUGGAGCCUGAGUAUAAGAUUCAAUGGAUGGGAACUGCAUUUUCUGAGGUUCAGAACCAUUGCUACUCCCUCCAGCGAAGGACUGAUGACUUGGAGGCUUUGUGUCGUUCCUUAACUGCUUAUGUUGAAGAUUCACAAGGAAGAACAUCUGAGCUUGUGUCGACCUUCCAGCAGUCAUGCGUGGAGAAAGAAAUCCUGUCAAUGAACUUGGAGAUACUGAGUCAUGAUAAUGACGAUAUAUCAAAGAAGACAACUGACUUUGAAAUGAGAAAUGAGAACCUUCAGAAUGAAGUAAUUGUGUUACGAGAACAGAAGCUUCAGUUGGAAGAAGAUGUCCGUCGUACUGAAGCUGCUAUUGGGAGGGUCCAUGAAUUGGUGAACAAUGCACUUCAAGAAUCUAUUCCAGAAGAUUUGGUUAUAAGUGGGGAAGGCGUUGAGUAUUUUGAAAAAGCAUUGAGGAAGCUUGUGGAGAAAUAUCAGACUCUUUCAUCUGAGGUGCGUAUUAUUGAACUGCCUCAGACUUCAAGUGACUUUGACGAGCAGGAUGUAGUGACCUUGAAAAAAGAGCUGGAAGAUUCUAUGGGUGAAUUGAUGUGCUUGAGGGAGGAUAGAGACAAAUAUAUGGAGGACAAUCAAUCCCUACUGCAUAAAAUUGAAGAAAUGGAAAGAAAAGAGAAAGACAUGCAGGAUUUGCUUAAUCAGGAGGAACAGAAGUCAACCACCUUUAGGGAAAAGUUAAAUGUUGCAGUUAGGAAGGGAAAGUCCUUGGUGCAACAGCGUGAUGGCAUGAAACAAAUAAUUGAAGAGCUAAAUGCCGAGGUUGAGCGACUCAAGUCUGAAUUCAAGCAUUCAGAAAAAGCUAUUUCUGAGUAUGAAGAGCAGAUCAAGAACUUGUUCACUGCCCAAGAAAGAGUUCAAGUAAUGGAAUCUGAAAAUGCUUCCCUGAGGGUUCACCUGGCAGAAAGUGAACGCUAUUUGCAGGAGAAAGAGGCUACGUGGGGCAGUAUUUUGGUUGCUUUGAAUGAACUUGAUGUUGGCCUUACAGUUAAUUCUGGAAAUCCAAUUGAAAAGCUAGAUGGAUUGAGUAAGUGCUUGGAUGAUCUGCGUGCUCGAUUGGACACCCACGAACAGGAGUCUAGAAAAUCAAAAAGAGCAGCUGAAUUAUUGCUGGCGGAGUUGAAUGAAGUUCAAGAAAGAAAUGAUAGCCUUCAGGAUGAGCUAGUAAAAGCUGUUCAUGAGCUUUCAGAAGUUUCCAAGGAAAGAGAUUUAUCUGAAAGCGCGAAAAAUGAAAUUCUUGAACAUGUUUCGCAGUUGGAAGGAGGCCAGAGGGAGAUGAAGAGCACUAUAAUUGAUUUGCAGAAGGAGCUCCAGGAGAAGGACAUCCAGAGGGAGAAAAUUGUCAUGGAGCUUGUUACUCAGAUAAAGGAAUCUGAAACUAAGGCAAAAAAUUAUUUGCAUGAUCUUCAGGAAGCAAGGGCUCACCUCAAUGAUUCCCAGAAGCAACUGGAUGUAAUGAAAGAAAAAUGCGAGGGAUUGGAACAGAGACUGAAAGAACUUCAACAUCAUGAAACAAACACCGUGGAAUUGGCGAAGCAAGUCAACUCGCUCAGUGCUGCACUAGAGUCUAAAACGCAAGAAACUGAGACUCUGAUGCAAGCCUUAGAGGAACAGGAAACCGAAAUGGAAGAUCUGGCAGAAAAGCUUGGGGGACUGGAAAAAGAUUUGCAACAAAAGAAUCAAGACUUGGAGAACCUCGAAGCUUCUCGAGCUAAGGCUUUGAAGAAGCUUUCUGUCACAGUGAGCAAAUUUGAUGAACUUCAUUAUUUCUCAGAAAGUCUCCUGGUUGAGGUUGAGAAGCUUCAGUCUCAACUGCAAGAGCGAGAUGGAGAAAUCUCUUUUCUUAGGAAAGAGGUUACCAGAUGCACUAAUGAUGCACUAGCUGUUACCCAUCUAAGUAAGCAUAGGAGUUCCGGUGAAGUUCUUGAUCUGCUCUCUUGGCUAGAUGCUUUGCUCUCUAGGGUACAGGGGCAUAAUUCAGCUUCGGAUGACCUGAAGAAUCUCCCAAUUGAUGAAUAUAAAGACAUAUUGGAAAAGAAGAUUAUGGCUUUGAUAUCGGAGUUGGAGAACCUUCAUGUGGUAGCCCAGAACAAUGGUAUGCUGUUGGUUGAAGAGAAAUGUAAAGUCAAAGAAUUAGCACAAAAGGAACAGCAUCUUAAGAAUUCUUUGCGUGAAAAGGAAUCUGAACUACUCAUGCUUCAAGAUGAAGUAGAAUCUGCAAAAGCUGCAAAACCUAAUACAGAAAUUAUGGAGGCUGAGCAAAUGAAUAACAAGUGGCCAUCACCCGCAACUGUUGUACCCCAAGUCCGAAGUCUGCGGAAAUCAAACAAUGAUCAUGUUGCUAUUGCAAUAGAUACGGAUCAUAGUAGUGACAGGUUGGAGGAUGAUGAUGAUGAUGAUAAAGCACACGGCUUCAAGUCACUCACUACAUCAAAGAUUGUCCCACGGUUUACAAGACCUGUCUCAGACUUGGUUGAUGGAUUGUGGGUGUCCUGUGAUAGGACAUUAAUGCGAAAACCUGCUUUACGACUUGGUGUCAUUUUCUAUUGGGCGUUUUUGCAUGCUAUGCUUGCAACUUUUGUUGUCUGA